UCCUGGAGCAAUCUCACAGGGUGGCUCCACUUUUCAUUUGAGCUCAAGUACUCUGCUGCCUCCUCUGCAGCUGCCAGACCUGCUCCUGCUGCUGCUCAGGGAGAGCAUCUGGGGAGUUCCUUUCUGACCACCGAGAAGAUGAUGAGCUCAAGCUAUUGGAGUGAGACCAGCAGCAGCAGCUGUGGGACCCAGCAACCCCUAGAGGUGCUGCAGUGCCAGCCCCAGCAUUACCACUGCUACCAUCAGUCAAGCCAAGCCCAGCAGCCUCCAGAAAAAAAUGUAGUCUAUGAGCGAGUGAGGACCUACAGCGGGCCCAUGAACAGAGUGGUGCAGGCCUUGGACCCCAUCAGCCCACGGGAAGUGCUCUCCCCUCUCAAAACUUCCUCUUCCUACCAAAACUUGGUUUGGAGCGACCAUUCUCAGGAACUCCACUCUCCAACUCUGAAAAUAUCUUCUUGUGCCCCAAGUACUCUACAUAUAACACAAAAUACUGAACAGGAACUUCAUUCUCCAGCAGUGAAAGUCACAACAUAUCCACAGACAACUAUUAGGAGAUAUAUAGUGCAAAAUCCUGAACAGGAACCACUGUCUCCAUUCUUAAGAGGAGGCCAUUUCUUCCCAGGAAACAAUGUUAUUUAUGAAAAAACAAUAAGAAAAGUGGAGAAGCUAAAUACAGAUCAGGAAUGCUAUCCUCAGGUUCAAUGCCAUCAUCAUAUUGUCCAACAGCCUCAGAUCAUCCACUCUUCACACUGUCAACAAUCCCAUUCUAACCAACAAAUACAUAGCAUCACAGGAAGUGAUUCAACUUCUACAAGCAUUGGAAAUGAACUGUGUCAUGGUGGAUCAAACCAGAUACAUGAGCAGGUGAUAAUUCAGGAUGAUGGCCCUGAAAAACUGGAUCCCAAAUAUUUUGGAGAGUUGCUUGCUGACCUAAGCCGUAAGAAUACAGAUCUGUAUCAUUGCUUAUUAGAACAUUUGCAGAGAAUUGGAGGAAGCAAACAGGACUUUGAGUCAACAGAUAAAUCAGAAGACAUUGAAUCAUUGAUUCCUAAAGGAUUGUCAGAGUUUACAAAACAGCAAAUUCGCUAUAUUCUGCAGAUGAGGGGUAUGUCUGAUAAGUCACUCAGGCUAGUGCUGUCCACAUUCAGCAAUAUACGUGAGGAGCUUGGACAUCUUCAAAAUGACUUGACUUCACUGGAAAAUGACAAGAUAAGACUUGAGAAGGAUGUGGCAUUCAAAGAAACUCAAAUAAAAGAGUAUGAAGAACUCUUGGCAUCAGUGAGAGCAAAUAAUCGUCAGCAGCAACAGGGACUUCAAGACUCAAGCUCAAAAUGUCAGGCAUUGGAAGAAAAUAAUCUUUCUCUUCGACAUACAUUAUCAGACAUGGAAUACAGAGUAAAAGAACUGGAAUAUUGUAAACGUAAUUUGGAGCAAGAGAAUAAAAACCUUAGAAUGCAGGUUUCUGAGACUUGCACAGGCCCGAUGCUGCAGGCUAAAAUGGAUGAGAUUGGCAACCAUUACAUGGAGAUGGUUAAAAACUUGCGAGUAGAGAAAGACAGAGAGAUCUGCAAGCUAAGGUCCCAGUUAAACCAGUACCAAAAGGAUGUUUCAAGAAGAGAAGGAAGUUGUAGUGACUUCCAAUUCAAGCUUCACGAACUCACCAGCUUGCUGGAAGAGAAGGAUUCCCUUAUAAAACGUCAGUCAGAGGAACUAUCAAAGUUGAGACAAGAAAUAUAUUCAUCACAUACUCAACCCUCCAGUUCUGGAAGGACUACCAUUACUACUAAAAAGUACAGGACACAAUAUCCAAUCCUAGGCCUCCUGUAUGAUGACUAUGAAUACAUACCACCAGGUAGUGACACACAGACUAUUGUGAUUGAGAAAACAGAAGACAAAUGGACUUGUCCAUGAAUGGAAACAACUUUAAAGUAUUACAUCUCAAAGGAAGUUUUCUCUGUCUAUAUUAGUAUUUUAAUUUCUUUUUCCUUCACUAAAGGCCAAUCAAAAUUUUGAACCAUGCUACUAACCAAUGAAUCUAAUGGAAUGACUUAAUUCUACAGAUGAGUUUCUCCAGCCAUUUAUGAAAUAUCAAUCCUUUCUAUUUGUGGCUGCAAUGUAGCAGCAUACAAACUAAAAGAGGGAACUUGUUUGUUUGAAUUUCCAUUGCAGACACUGUAGAACCAGCUAUUUUUUAAAAAUAUGGUACAUCUUAGGUGGUUAACUAAUUUGUUGAGUUAGAGAUUUUAUGUUAUUCCAUUAGAAUAUUUUCUCCAAUACUUAUUAUACAAUUUUGUUAAAAGAGUUAACAUUGUUUUUAACAAGAGGCAAAAAAAUUGAAUUUUUAAAAUAAAAGACUAUAGGGCAUGAUACAUACAAUGUACAUUGGGUUUUCUCACUUGAAGCCUAUGACUAAAAGAGAUGCUUUAUUACAUACUAUUAUACCUCUUGGAAACAUAACUAAACCAAAGUUAAUAGUUAGUUUCAUUUAGCAGGGAAGUGGGAUGAUAUCUUUUUAAAUAAGUAAACCUAUUUAAUUGUACAGUAUGCUACACAGUUCCUAGUACAUAUCCUUUUGUGCCUUGAAAAUUUUCUUUCAAAGCAUUUCCUUCCCAAAUGAGGCCCACUCACUUCCUUAAAAUAUGUAAUACUCUAUUAUAUUAGUGGUCCAAAAGAAGUUGUAGUUUUUCAUAGUGGUAUACAAAUAUUAUAUUGAAGUAAUGCAUAUAUAUAUAAAAGCAUAUAGAAUAAUAUAGCAACAAAUAUUUGAUGGUGAAUACUUCUUGGGAAAAUAUUUUAUAGUAAUGUACUUUAAGUUUGUUUAAUUAAUUGUACUCUUGAUGACCUUCCUUACAAAGUGAACAAAAGAAUUUUUAAAUACAUUACAAGGUAAGAAUGAAAUGUCUUAAUUUCAACUUGUUUGGCUAAAGUUAAGAGUUACUAAAAGUCGUUGUGUUUGUAAUAAGGCAACAAAUAAUUUGAGUUACAUGUAAAUGAACUUUUGCACUGAACUGUCUGAAAAUAUCUAUAUAAAAUCAUGUGAUUCUUUGUAAUUACUAAGAAACUAUUAUGAUAAGUACAGAUGAUGCACUAUAUGCUAAUGGAAACUAUAAAUGAGAAAAAUGUUUUCAAAAUUCUUUUAUAGAAAUAUACAAAUAGGUCUUAUUAUGCAGGUAAAAAGACUCAUUUAUAUUAUGUAAUGCUUUGCCAAAAUGUUAGGCUCCAUUGAAUUGAUUCAAUUCCUAUUUUAUCAAUAUUUUGUGAUAGAUAACCUUAGUCUUACAUUUUUUGCUUGGUGUAGUAGAAACAGAGGAGUUUCUCCUCUGCUAACUGCUCAUAUAUGUAACCAUAAUAAAGAUAUAUAGUUAGGCACCCACUAUAAGUGAUAUAAGGGGAAGAAACUUUAUAAGCCUGAUAGAAAACUGCCACCAUUACUGUAUGAAAAUGAGUACAGGUGUGAUUUUUCUAAAAUAUUGAAAACUAACAGUAUUCAAAAUUUGAAAGCAAUUAAGAAGUCCACAGUUUCUUGGCCCACUUGACCCAUGGAUAGUGAAUAUGGAUCAUAUUAAGGUCCUUAUUAUACUCAAUUAUUUUAAAAAACUCUAAUGAAAAAUUAAUACUAUGGAGAGUUCUUCUAUAUAUUUAAAUAUAUGUAUGAAUAUUCAAAUAUAUAAAUAUAUGCACAUAUAUUAAAUAUAUCUUUCAUUUGUGAUUAUUAUCGAUGGAAAGAGUAAUUAUAUCUUUUCUACUCACUGGUUUUAAACAAAUUAUUUAUGAAAAUUACAAAGAUGGCAGGUGAGGAAUGUUUGUUUACCUAAUAUCUAUUUCAGAAUGUUUUCACUUUAGAUUUAUCAAAUAAAAUGGAACCUGUACAAUAA